CACAGAUACCUCUCGCCUGCUGUCCGGUCGUACCACAUAAUGUGAACGGUGGUAUGCUUAAGAGUGAUUAUGACCAAACCAAACAGUGAUCACAAUGUGGCUUGACCAAAGUUUAAUAUGCUACUACUGAAUAUCAGCACGAUUUGGUAGGAUUCCGUUCUGUGGUCAUCUGAUGUAUAAUCUUAAUGAUGGUACUAUUCCGUCACGGAUCUUUAUCAGACAAUAAUUAUGGUGGUACUAUUCCACUUCUCCCCGAAAAUAAGUCUAAGGCGGCUUCAAGUUGUUUUGUUAUCACUACUGUGAAGAUCUUUAAAGCAAAUAAUUUAUCAUUAUUUGAACUUUUUCAUCGUUCUUUUUAUAUCGAAGUACCGUAGACAGACACGAUCUAAAUAUUUAUCUCUACAUUUCAUCUAAUAUAAAUAGCUUAAAAUUGCUCAUCACAUUACUGUUGUCUAUUAGUCUUACAAUUGACUAUACGUAACUAAUGAGUGCGUUAAGAAUAGUGAUCAUUUUUACUACUUUACUAAAUAGUUUAAUUGAAGCGGAAAUUGUUUAUAAUGGUAGUUCUACAGCCAAAGACGAUUGGUGGAAAUAUGCAACAUUCUAUCAGAUUUAUCCUCGAUCUUUCAAAGACAGUGACGGCGAUGGGAUGGGAGACCUGAACGGUAUUACUAGUAAAUUACAACAUCUAGUAAAUGCAGGAAUAACAGCUGCGUGGCUUUCGCCAAUUUUCAAAUCUCCUGGGGUCGACGCUGGUUAUGAUAUUAGCGAUUUUAGAGAUAUUGAUGAAAAAUUCGGAACUAUGAGUGAUUUUGAGCAGCUUAUCAAGACAGCCCAUGAACUUGGCCUGAAAAUUAUUUUAGAUUAUGUUCCGAAUCAUACAAGCGAUCAACACGUGUGGUUUCAGCUGUCCAAAAAUAAAACUGAAGGGUACAAAGACUAUUUCAUUUGGAAGAAGGGCUAUAAUUCAACGGCGCCUCCCAACAACUGGUUGUCUAGAUUCGGCUAUUCUGCCUGGGAAUAUGUCGCCGAGAGGGACGAAUACUAUUACCAUCAAUUUACCACUGCUCAACCUGAUUUAGACUUCAGGAAUCCUAAAGUUAUACAGGAAAUGAAUGACGUAAUGACUUUUUGGUUAGAUAAAGGCGUGGAUGGAUUCAGAAUUGAUGCAGUUAACUAUUUAUUCGAAAUUUCCGAUUUUAGAGAUGAACCACUCUCUGAUAAUUACGAAAACUACGAACCCUAUGAUAAUAGGUAUCUUAAACAUAUUUACGUUAUGGAUCAACCGGAAAGUCCUGGUAUGAUUUAUCAGUGGAGAAAACAUGUUGACAAUUAUAAAACACAAAAUGGAGGUGACACCAGGGUGCUCAUGACCGAGGGAUAUACAGAUAUAAGCACCACUAUGUUAUAUUACGGCAAUGAGACAGCUGAUGGGGCUCACUUUACAUUUAAUUUCUUUUUUAUAACCAAUACUACAUCUAGAAGUACUGCCAAUGAAAUCGCCUCAGUGAUAAAAAGGUGGUUUCAAUAUAUGCCAAAUGGACGUGUUCCUAAUUGGGUGGUAAGAAUUAUCAUAGAAAUAUUUUAUUCAAAAGCUAUAAUUACUGUUUUAAAUUUUAUAACCGAUUCAAUAUUUAAAACACUAACAUUUUAAAUUACAUAUAAGAACGAUUGACUAUUCUUCCUCUAUUUUAUAUUAAGUUUUUUUUAAUUAAAAGCA